GUCUCACUAGAAAGCAGAGAAUCCCUGGGAUAACAAGCAAGACAGAUGCAUAGUACAGCUGGGAUGUACUAUGCAUGGUAAAGUGCUGGUAAAGGCACCUGUGUAGAGCCUGUUGCCUCAACAAUGUCCAGGACAAAAAGCAACAAUGGACCAGGAAGGCAUGACAUGCACAAAUGAUGACAGGCACCACACUUAGCAACUUGGAAAAUGAAUAUUCACUUGAAGACAUCGUGGAAGCACUUUGCAGAGGAGAACCAAAAGUGGUCUUGAAAUGGUAACAGAUCUCAAAGCCUAACAGCUGAACUGAGAGCCCUGGGGCUUUCAACCCAGUUUCCAGUGGGCAGCAGAAGGCUCACUAUGGAUGGCUCUGAGUAGAGAAGAAGGAAGUCAAGGAAGAGAUGGGGAAGAGGAGGGGAAGAGUUCCCCAAAUGUACCUUGCCCUCCCUCUCCCCUGAGUGUCCAUGUGCAGGAGGUUAACGUUGAUGUGCAUGACUAAUAUGUCCUGCACGAGACAUGAAGGCACAGACGUCUUUCUUCCUCAUUCUCAUAUCAUCUCUGAGUGGAUCUCAAGGCAUAUUCCUUUUGGAUUUCUUCACUUAUGUUCCUAUGAAUGAACAAAUCAUCAUUGGAAGACUUGAUGAAGAUAUAAUUCUCCCUUCUUUGUUUGAGAGGGGAUCCGAAGUUGUAAUACACUGGAAGUAUCAAGAUAGCCACAAUAGCUACAAUGUUCACAGUUACUACAAAGGCAGUGGCCAUUUGGAAAGCCAAGAUACCAGAUAUGCAAACAGGACAUCCCUUUUCUAUAAUGAGAUUCAAAAUGGGAAUGCGUCUCUAUUUUUCAGAAGGUUAAGCCUUCUGGACGAAGGAAUUUAUACCUGCUAUGUAGGAACAGCAAUUCAAGCGGUUACAAACAAAGUGGUGCUAAAGGUGGGAGUUUUUCUCACACCCAUGAUGAAGUAUGAAAAGAGGAACACAAACAGCUUCUUAAUAUGCAGCGUGUUAAGUGUUUAUCCUCGUCCAAUUAUCACGUGGAAAAUGGACAACACACUUAUCUCUGAAAACAACAUGGAAGAAACAGGGUCUUUGGGUCCUUUUUCCAUUAACAGCACACUGAAUAUUACAGGAUCAAAUUCAUCUUAUGAAUGUACAAUUGAAAAUUCACUGCUGAAGGAAACAUGGACAGGGCACUGGACAAUGAAAGAUGGCCUUCAUAAAAUGCAAACUGAACAUGUUUCACUCUCAUGUGAACUUGUAAAUGAUUAUUUUUCUCCAAACCAAGACUUCAAAGUUACUUGGUCCAGAAUGGAAAGUGGGAUUUCCUCUAUCCUGGCUUACUAUCUGAGCUCCUCACAAAAUACAACUUUCUAUGAAUCCCGAUUCUCAUGGAACAAAGAGCUGAAAAACCAGAGUGACUUCUCUAUGAAUUUGAUGGAUCUUAGACUUUCAGACAGUGGGGAAUAUUUGUGCAAUAUUUCUUCGGAUGAAUAUACUUUACUCACCAUACACACGGUGCACGUAGAACCAAGCCAAGAAACAGCUUCCGAGAACAAAGGCUUAUGGAGUUUGGUGGCCGGUCUGAUUUUGGUGCUCUGUCUGAUUUUGCUGAUUCAGAAAGUAAAAUGUUGCACAGUCCAAAUAGAAGCCAGGAGGAGCAGACACCCUGCUGAUGAAGCCCAACGAGGAAGACAUCGUGUCCCUACUGCGAGCACUCACGAUGAUAAUGCCUCUGAUAAUGCCGAAGAAAACAUGCGUCUUUCAGGAAGAGUACAGGAAAUGAGAGAAGACCUUGACAACUCAUGACAAGCAUCGUUAAUAUCCAGUGACUUCAUAUCCCCUUUCUGCACUGCAAUUCUAGGCAAUGGCCUGUCAGACCAGACAGUUCUACCACUGCAAAGACUUGUAACCAUUUUCUAGUAUCACAUUUACUUUUCAAGACAUAAGGACCAUUCACUGACCCACUACCUGCAUUGAGUAUAAAUGCCCGGAUGUUAAGGAUUCCAAUUUAACUUCGAAAAGAACUGUCUCAUGCCUUUACAUUCCUGUUCCAGUCAGCCCAGGAGGUUACAGUGAGCUCUCCGCUAAGAAUCUGGAAGAAAUGCAUCACUAGGGGUUGACUCCCAAUCUGAUCAACUGAUAAUGGGUGAGAGAGCAGGUAAGAGCAGAAGUCACC